AUGGACACCACAAAACCUCUCAUCGAACUGGAGCUUGACGACGAUGGCAGAAUCAGAAGAACUGGGAAUGUGUUGACGGCAAGCACACACAUCAUAACUGUGGUGGUAGGGGCAGGGGUGCUGGCUCUGGCAUGGGCCAUGGCACAGCUAGGAUGGAUAGCUGGGAUAGGAAGUAUCAUCACCUUUUCAUCUAUCUCCAUUUUCACUUACAGUCUUGUAGCCGAUUGUUACAGGUAUCCAGACCCUGUCACUGGCAAUAGAAAUUAUACUUAUAUGCAAGCUGUCAAGGCUUACUUAGGUGGAACAAUGCAUGUGGCUUGUGGAUUGGUUCAAUAUACCAAGCUGGCUGGGAUCACAGUGGGCUACACAAUAACUUCCUCCACAAGCUUGGUGGCAAUAAGGAAAGCAAUUUGUUUCCACAACAAAGGAAAUGCAGCUUCAUGCAAGUUUUCGAAUAAUCCCUUCAUGAUCGGUUUUGGGAUUUUGCAAAUUUUCUUGUCUCAGAUACCAAACUUUCACGAGCUUACAUGGCUCUCAACUGCUGCUGCCAUCACCUCUUUUGGUUACGUAUUCAUUGGUAGUGGGUUAUGUCUCUCGGUCAUCCUCUCAGGAAAAGGAGCUGCAACCAGCAUAACAGGAACCAAACUACCUUUAGAAGAUAAACUUUUGAAGGUUUUCACAGCAAUGGGAAACAUAGCUCUUGCAUGCACUUACGCUACUGUUAUUUAUGAUAUAAUGGACACAUUAAAGUCACAUCCAGCAGAAAAUAAACAAAUGAGAAGGGCGAACGUGCUAGGGGUGACAGCAAUGACAAUAUUGUUCUUGCUAUGCAGUGGCCUUGGCUAUGCUGCUUUUGGUGACAACACACCUGGGAACAUCUUGACCGGAUUUACCGAACCCUUCUGGUUGGUCGCACUGGGGAACGGAUGCAUCAUAAUCCACAUGAUUGGAGCAUAUCAGGUGAUGGGUCAACCAUUCUUUCGUAUUGUUGAAAUGGGUGCCAACAUGGUGUGGCCGCAUUCAGAUUUCAUAAACAAGGAAUAUCCAUUCAUGAUAGGCAGUGUAAUGGUUCGUUUCAACUUGUUUAGGCUAGUUUGGAGGACCAUUUUUGUGAUAUUGGCCACAAUCCUUGCCAUGAUAAUGCCAUUUUUCAGUGAGGUUCUUUCCCUUCUUGGAGCAAUUGGGUUCGGGCCCCUAGUUGUCUUUUUCCCCAUACAAAUGCACAUUGCGCAGAAACAGAUUAGAAAACUAUCACUCAGGUGGUGCUGCCUCCAAUUUUUAAGUUGCCUGGGCUUCGUUAUUUCACUGGCUGCUGUAGUCGGUUCAAUUCAUGGGAUUAUUCUGGAUUUCUAUAAAACCAACCUUUUCAUGUAUAAACAAUAG